CCGGGACCUCGCGCUUCCUGUCCGGCUUUGGCUCUGAUCAGCAGGAGUCGAGUCGGGCUGCGCGGAGCCGCUCCACGCGGAGCAGGAUGCCGGUGAUGAGGGGACUGCUCGCCCCGCAGAACACCUUCCUGGACACCAUCGCCACGCGCUUCGACGGCACCCAUAGCAACUUUGUGCUGGGGAACGCCCAGGUACAGUCCCUCUACCCCAUUGUGUACUGCUCGGACGGCUUCUGCGAGCUCACAGGCUAUGCUCGUGCUGAGCUGAUGCAGAAGAGCUGUGCGUGCAACUUUCUCUACGGGCCGGAGACGAGCGACAGGCUGACCGGGCAAAUCCAGAGCGCUCUGGACGACCGACGGGAAUUCAAGACCGAGCUGGUUUUCUACAAGAAAGGAGGUACUCAGUUCUGGUGUCUGCUGGAUAUCGUGCCCAUUAAGAAUGAGAAAGGAGAGGUCGUGCUGUUCCUCGUCUCCCAUAAAGACAUCACGGAUAAUAAGAAAGACCAGGAUGAAGAACAGUGUCCGGAGAUGGAUGAGGAGACCGGACUGGAGGUUCACAAGGUCACACGGCCUCAGGGUUUCAACGCUAACCGGCGCCGCAGCCGUGCCGUGCUCUACCAGCUCUCAGGACACCUGCAGAAACAGGACAAGAGCAAACUCAAGAUUAAUAACAACAUGUUUGGUGAGAAGCCUCCCAUCCCAGAGUACAAGGUAGCAGCCAUACAGAAGUCUCGCUUUAUUCUUCUCCAUUACGGUACCUUCAAGGCUGGCUGGGAUUGGUUGAUUCUUUUAGCCACCUUUUACGUGGCAGUCACUGUUCCCUAUAACGUGUGUUUCACUGUGGUCGGCGGACGCGACGAUGUAACACCCAGAAGUCCCCCGAGUGUCAGCGACAUCUUAGUGGAGAUCCUUUUUAUGCUAGAUAUCCUGUUGAAUUUCCGCACCACGUUUGUGAGCACAUCAGGCCAGGUGGUGUACGAUGCUCGCUCCAUCUGUGUGCACUACGUCACCACCUGGCUCUUUGUGGACCUAAUCGCCGCACUACCCUUUGACCUGCUAUAUGCGUUUAAUGUCAGUGUGUACUUUGGAGUCCAUCUACUAAAAACAGUCCGGUUGUUAAGACUCCUGCGUUUACUACAGAAGCUAGAGCGCUACUCGCAGUACAGCGCCGUGGUGCUCACCUUGCUCAUGUCGAUGUUUGCUCUGCUUGCUCACUGGAUGGCGUGCGUCUGGUACUUCAUUGGACGCAGUGAGAUCGAGAACAACACGCGUGGAUCUUGGGACAUUGGCUGGCUGCAUGAGUUAGCAAAACGUCUGGACACGCCAUAUUUCCUCUCUCCGAUCACAUCCCUCCUUCCAGACUCACUGAGGCCCAACAACCUGGAUGGCCUGAAUGGCACUGUAAGCCAAUGGAACUCCACCAGCAGUGAUAUAGUGGGGCAGGACUCUGCAGCGAACUCCAGCCAGUGGAACGGGACCGGGGCGGGGUCACCGGAUGAGGUGUUGAGUGGCGGCCCGUCAGUGCGGAGCUCCUACGUUACGUCGCUCUACUUCGCUUUAAGCAGUUUGACCAGCGUGGGCUUCGGCAACGUCUCAGCUAACACUGACUCUGAGAAGAUCUUCUCCAUUUGCACCAUGCUGAUCGGAGCGCUGAUGCAUGCCGUGGUUUUCGGGAAUGUGACAGCCAUCAUCCAGCGCAUGUACUCCCGCCGCUCGCUUUACCACACACGCACCAAAGACCUGAAGGACUUCAUCCGCGUUCACCGGCUGCCCAAGGCUUUGGAACAACGCAUGUUGGAGUGCUUUCAGACCACCUGGUCUGUUAACAAUGGCAUCGACGUCAGCGAGCUGCUGAAGGACUUUCCCGACGAGCUGCGAGCUGACAUCGCCAUGCACCUCAACAAGGAGCUGCUGCAGUUGCCGCUUUUCGAAUCGGCCAGUCGUGGGUGCCUACGCUCGCUCUCGCUCAUCAUUAAGACGUCGUUCUGCGCACCCGGAGAGUUCCUUAUCCGUCAGGGCGACGCGCUGCAGGCCAUCUAUUUUGUGUGCUCAGGCUCGAUGGAAGUUCUCAAGGACAACACAGUACUGGCCAUACUGGGUAAAGGCGACCUGAUCGGCUCGGACUCUCUGACGAGGGAGCAGGUGAUUAAGACCAACGCCAACGUGAAAGCCCUGACCUACUGUGACCUGCAGUACAUCAGCCUGAAGGGGUUGCGCGAGGUGCUGCGCCUCUACCCGGAGUACGCCCAGAAAUUCAUCAGCGAGAUCCAGCACGACCUCACCUACAACCUGCGCGAGGGCAACAACGCGGACGUGGACUGGGAGAGCAACGGCGGCCUGGUGAAGAAACUGCCCUCGAUUCGUGAGGACGAGGAGAAUGACGAAGAGCAGCACUCCGUGUCACGUGCCCCUCGCUCGCCCCUGCGUCUUACGAGGGGGCUCAGCUCACCCCUGCGCUCACCCCUCCUGCCCCCGCGGCCCUUUCGUCCACCGACCGAUCACAGCCGCCCGGCUACGCUUCAGAUCCCCGUGGUCAGCUUCAGCAGUGCCCCUCCGGAGCUCAGCCCUAGGUUUGUGGACGGCAUUGAGACAGAGAGCAAUUCUGGUUCAGUGCAGAGGUUUGAGUUCAGCUCUAGCCUACCUCAUAGUGCCCCUCCAUCCCCCUCUCCAGUAAGCCAAGACCAUGUGGAAACCAGGCAGAGCAUCAGCAAACUGAGCGAAGAGAUGAACUGCUUGUCAAAACAGGUCUCUCAGCUCAGUCAGGAAUUGCAGGAGAUGACUCGUCUCCUUCGGCCUCUGUUCCUCACUGCUGCUCAGCCACACCUCUCAACCCCACCACCACCAGUGAGUGUACCUGGCAGUGGUCUGUCCAUAAACUCACCUGCAGUCCCACAUCCUCUAGCACCACCCUGCUCUCUUUUGGACAUUGCAGACCCGGGGGCGGUGGUAGGUCUUCCCAGCUGCCUCAUACCCACCAGCCCACCACAGAGACCGCAAUCCCAUGUGGUUUGUUCAAAUGGCUCCCCUCAUGCCAGCCUGUCCCAUUUAGAGACUAUUCAAAAAGUUGGCGCAGGGGCAGGGCAGCACAAUAUCCCUCUUGGCCCUACCAAUGGCUAUGGGCAGGCAGCUCCAGACCGGCUUGCCUCUUGUACCACUUCCCCCUCUCUUUCCUUCUCGCUGUCUAUAUCAUCUUCACGCUCCCAGUCACCGUCUUUGACACCUUGUCAAGGACCACACCCCUCCUGCCCCAACAGCUGUACACAGGGCCUGUUAUUUCCCCCAUCAUCACAAGACAUCUCACCACCUACCCAGGACAUCCCACCCCCACCACAUUCACAUUGCUCAGCACCUGCUUCCCUAAGUAACUCCCCUGGAGACCACAGACUGAGGAGUGAUCCCUCUCCAGCCUCCUCUGCCUCUACACCCCUACUUCAGACCCUGCCUUGUUCCUCACCAUCCUGCCCACACACCUCCCCUCUGUUGCUCUGUUCCCUGAGAGAUGGCCAGGGGUCUGUGGGCUUCCCAUGGCACCAGCAGACCUCUAGUUAUGCCCAGGCAGCGUCUGGCACUGAGCAGCCUCAGCUGGAACUGGAGAUGCAGGAGUGGGAUACAGGAGCAAAGAGCUCAACAGAGCACCUCAGCUUCAUCGAUGAGGAAGGACCACCACUGUGAAUGCCAUAGGGAGGAUGGGAGAAGAGCAGUAGCACAGCACAACCAGGAGUUGGACUGCAGCAUAUCAAUACAUAAAGUGAGGGUGGAAGGAUAAUAUGAAAAGUUUGAAUGUUAUCCAGAAAGUAAAUCAGGGUCCAUCCACCCUACAAAUGGGCAACUUGAGCUGCUUUUCUUCAAGACUAUGGCUUUCAUAACUUGUUGUGAUGGCAUCUCACACCAUCUCAACACACCAAAAUCUGACACCAGCCAAUCCCAACCAUAUCAGCACAGAGGGUACUGUGCCUCUUUGGACAGACAAGAGCUCUUCUCCAGUGGCAUUAUAAGACGCAAAGCUCAAUUUGGCAUGGUGCAUGGCAACCAAAAUCUGUAACAAACCAACCAAACCCAGCAAACUUUGUAAUAAAAACUUGACCUAUGAAGAGUUCCGGUUGGUUAUUCUGCAUGGGUACAUGUUGUUCUUAUAGGCCUGAAUAUGGAAGAUGGCACAUGUUUUCAAUCUCAUGUUACUCUUCUGUACUGCCAAAACAUUAGUGCUUUAUGUAUAAUCAACCAUUGUUCACAAAUGCAUCUACUUGCUCUGAUUUUUCACAGUGAUUAGAUAGAUGAAUGAAUGUGUUACACCACAGCACAUAUCACUCUGUUUCUUCACCCAAUUUGAGCACAAGUAGCCAACACGUGUCCAUGUCUAGUCCUGUAUGUUGGACAUUUAUUUACACUGAGAAUGUCGAGCUCAUCCCAACUUUACACAGCAAACGAAUUUAUACACCAAUCAGUCAUAACAUUAACACAACGACCAGAUGAAUUGAAUUACAUUUAUUAUCAAUUAUACAUCAGUAAACUGGUGACUGGAUCCUCGGCACCCAGGGGAGCAAAGGCUGGCCUGUCUGGUUUUAUCCCACAAAAAAUUUAUAAUUUUUUUUUAUUCGGGUCACAAUAGAAAGGUAUCAGAACACCCAGUCUAACCCAGCUGACGGCACAUGGGGCCCAGCAAGCAAAGAGCCCAAGGCUGCCAACCUAGCUACCAGAUCCCAAUCCAAUUGGGAUGGACCAGACACACAAGUCCUAUCCACAGAGGCAACCCACAGCACCCAAAGGAUUGACAGCCAACAUCCUGGUGCCAGCCAACACAGCACACCCUCAGAGACCCUGCAGAGCCGCACCCCAAAAGGUUCAGAGCUGCCCUGGUUGCACAAGGGGAUCCCGAAACCUAUGUGAUAUCUCCUCCCUAAUAAUAAUAAUUUAAAGGUUAUGGCUGAUUGAUGUAUAUCAUGCCUUAUUUUAUCAAUUUCUUUACAGAGGUUUAACAGUAUAUUGUGACAGAUUUAUCUCAUUGCCCUCAUUGACAUGAUGAUUAUAAGGCUACUGAACAAAAUGUAUGAUUUUGAAUAAGUGAUAUGAAAAGGGUAGCCAUCCCUUUUGGUUUACAUAAAUUACACACACAUAAUGUCAUAUACCAUGUGGUUGUUACAUGGAAUUAUGGCCAAUAGCCCAGCGUGGUUCUCUGAGGAGCUUCAGUCUCGAAAUGUGACCACAACAGGCAUUACAACAAGACAAUCACAACAAACUUCUGAUAGGGACCCAGACAGACAUACAAAAUAUGCCAGCUACAAAUCAUACUGCCCUAGGCUGGCAUGCCAAAUAGUGGGAAGACUGAGUAUGUCGAUGUAAGACAGCAUGCCAAAUAGUGUCCAUUUGGGAGGCCCAGUAACAUAUGGUGGCAUGCCAAACAGCCAACAGACUAUAAACUGCACCUACGGGAUAGAUCUAGUGAUGGAAGUAAAUCCGCAGGUGCAAGUUUGAAUAAAACAACAAAACACACGCAGCUUUAGCCAUCCAGCCACGUGUGCCUUUCCUAUAACCAUCCAACAUCUCCAGAACAUCUCCCCAUUCGUUUUCUGUUCAUUCUUACAAAAAGGUUUCAGUCAUAUGUCAUAUGUUAACGAGCACUGCACUUUUAUCACCUAACUAUUAUUUAUUUAACUAUUUAUUUGUCUAUUUAUUUGUUUAUUUGCCAAUCACACUGAAUGAAAAGUGAAUUCUUCUAAGUAGAAAGUGCUCAGGUGAAUAUUUCUACACUCUGUUUCAUUUGACCAAACCUAUAAAAGCAAGUUUAUUGUCAACUCGGUCACAUUCAGUGAUGGUGUCAAGCUGCAACGUUUCUGCAGCCGAAACGAACCAAGGUUCACAAGCUUGAGGAAACACCAUCACAAUGUCUUAUGAAUAUACAGAGGUCCAAACACUAAGCACGGGCUUCUACCGGUCAUCUUGCUUAAGUAGGGACACGUCAUUCUCGAAUCUAUUUUCUUUACCUAGGAACUGUGUAGGGGUGCCGGGAUGUGGGUAGGGUUGUUAA